AUGGGUCGUUCCGGCGGUUCCUUUUUGGUAUGUGCUGUAGGGAUCUUAGCCGUCCUAGCAUGCGUUUUCGGUGAUGCACCUUCGGGAGAAGGUUCGGUAAAGGUAGACAAAUCCAACGAUGGGUUGUCAACGGCCAAAGACACUCUCCAUGAAGAGUCUGAAUCCAUUUAUGUUGAGGGGUUGAGUGCAAGUGAUCUAAAAGCAAUCAGAGAGUCUGCAGAGAAACGGGAAUUCCAGGCAGAGGUGCUGCGCAUGAUGCAACUGAUUAUAAACUCCUUAUACAAGAAUAAAGAGAUCUUCCUGAGGGAGUUAAUAUCAAAUGCAUCUGAUGCCUUAGAUAAAAUCAGGAUGCUUUCCUUGACAAAUGAAGAUGCACUUAAGGCUACAAACGAACUCGCCAUUCGCAUCAAGGCUGACAAAGAAAGCCGCACACUUCAUAUUAUCGACACUGGGAUUGGCAUGACGAAAGAGGAACUAGCCUCCCAUUUGGGCACCAUCGCCAAAUCUGGCACAUCUGAGUUCCGUACGAAUGUCACUGAUUCCAGCAACUCUGCAGAGGCAGCAGAUCUUAUUGGACAGUUUGGUGUUGGAUUCUACUCCGCUUUUCUUGUGAGCAAACGUGUAAUGGUUAUCUCAAAAAGUAAUGAUGACAAGCAACACAUCUGGGAGUCGGAUUCACAGUCAUUCACAUUAGCAGAAGAUCCAAGGGGAAAUACACUGAAGCGAGGAACUGAGAUCAUUCUCUAUCUGUCAGAUGAGGCUGACGAUUACCUGCAGACAGAGCACUUGAAGGGAUUAAUAAAAAAAUAUAGCCAGUUCGUCAACUUCCCCAUCUACCUUUGGUCCAGCCGAAUAGAAAAAGUCCCAGAAGAAUCCGCCACCACUACAGAAAGUGAUUCAAAAGAAGAAGCCAGUGUGGAAGAGGAGAAAAAGUCCGAACCUAAGAUGGUGGAGAAAACCGUUUGGGAAUGGGUGCACAUCAAUAAGCAAAAGCCUAUUUGGAAACGAAAGGCGGCAGAUAUUACUGAGGAGGAAUAUAAGAGCCUCUACCAGGCUUUGUCUGGUGAUGAAGAUGCUCCCUUGGGCAAAUUGCAUUUUACUGCUGAGGGAGACGUCACAUUCACAUCCGUCGUGUUCAUUCCGAAGCGUGCCCAAGGUGACCUGUUCAACCCCAAUUAUAGUUACAAGGAUCGGUUGAAGCUUCACGUACAUCGUGUUUUCAUCUCCGAUGCAGCCGAGGAUCUUAUUCCCAAGUAUCUCGGAUUCGUGAGAGGGAUUGUAGAUAGCGAUGAUCUUCCCAUCAAUGUUUCACGUGAAACUCUUCAGCAGAAUGAACUGGUCAAGCUUAUCAAAAAGAAGCUUGUGCGUCGUAUUAUUGAUGCCAUUGCUAAACUGUCAUCAGAGGAUUAUGAGGCAUUCUGGAAAGAAUACAGUGUGAAUAUCAAGUUGGGAAUGCUAGAAGACAGUGCAAACAAGGUUCGGAUAUCUAAACUCUUGAGGUUCCGUACUUCUAAAUCACCGGAGAAACCUAUAAGUCUGUCUGACUAUGUUGCUCGCAUGAAGAAGGACCAAGCAUCGAUAUACUACCUUUCUGGUGCUUCCAUGAAUGAAGUGUUGAAGUCACCGCUUGCGGAACGUUUGAUUAAAAAGGGCAUAGAGGUUAUUUACAUGAUUGACCCCUUGGAUGAGUACUUGGUUCAAAGCUUCAAUGGGAGGCUAGUUCCUCUUUCGUCAUGCCAAUCCCAGUGUCGAUAA